AUGAGACAUCAUGGUAGCAAUAUCCAGACGACUGGACCACAGCCAAUCAACCGAGAGAGGGUGUGUCCAUUGUUGUUGAGAGUAUUCCUCAAGAUGAAUGCAUUCCACAGCGCAUCAGAGUUCAAGUCUAGAACAUCCCUACCAGAGAGUGAUGAGAUCAAGUUAUAUACAUGGAGAAACGCAACAUUGAAGGAGAUAUCAGAGUUGAUUAAAGAGGUUAAUGUACCUGCGAGACAUAGGGAUAGCAAGAUGACAUUCGCAUUUGUCAGUCCUGACAGUCAUGGUGUAUACAAACUGUCUGCACCUUUGGGCUGUGUACAUGCAAUCAAGAAGGGCGAUGACGAUCAGAAGACAUUGGACUCACUCAACUUUAACUUCCAAUAUUUGGCUGUCAACGUCGAGAGCAAUGAACCAGUUGUACUGCAAUCAGACUCUAAUACAACAACUUCAAUAACUGACUCAACAAUGAUUGAUGAUGGCGAUGAGACUACAUUGUCAACGACUACGACCACGACUACAACUUCGACUGCGACAACAUCAUCUGCUGAUGUGGAUGUGGACACAGACUCAAUCAACUCAUAA